AUGAACGGCGCUGCUGACCCGGAGAGAGAGCAGGCGCUCGAGGACUACAAGAAGAGCCUGCUGGAGCUCCGAGAAUGGGAGGCCAAGCUCAAAUCGCUCCGGAUGGGAAUCAAGGAUUUGCAAAGAGAGUUUGAUAUAUCAGAGGAAAACAUUAAGGCUCUACAGAGUGUGGGCCAGAUCAUCGGUGAAGUGUUGAAGCAGCUGGAUGAGGAGAGAUUCAUUGUUAAGGCAUCAUCCGGUCCCCGUUAUGUCGUCGGUUGCCGUUCGAAGGUCGAUAAGUCGAAACUGAAACAAGGGACUCGUGUCGCUCUCGAUAUGACAACCCUGACUAUCAUGAGGAUGCUGCCACGGGAGGUUGAUCCAUUAGUAUACAACAUGUCUUUGGAGGACCCGGGACAAGUCAACUUCGCUGGUAUUGGUGGCUUGAACGAACAAAUCCGAGAGUUACGAGAAGUGAUCGAGUUGCCGCUCAAAAAUCCCGAGCUUUUCCACCGAGUUGGUAUUAAGCCACCCAAGGGUGUCCUCCUUUAUGGACCUCCUGGUACAGGAAAGACACUGCUGGCACGAGCCGUGGCAAGCUCUAUGGAGACCAACUUUUUGAAGGUUGUCUCGUCUGCCAUCGUCGACAAGUACAUCGGUGAAUCUGCACGGUUAAUAAGAGAGAUGUUCGGGUACGCCAAGGAGCAUGAGCCUUGUAUUAUCUUCAUGGAUGAAAUCGAUGCUAUUGGUGGUCGACGAUUCUCUGAGGGUACAUCCGCUGACCGUGAAAUCCAACGGACAUUGAUGGAGCUUCUUAACCAAUUGGAUGGCUUCGAUUACCUUGGAAAGACGAAGAUCAUCAUGGCUACGAACAGACCUGAUACUCUUGAUCCCGCUCUGUUGCGAGCGGGUCGUUUGGACCGCAAGAUUGAGAUUCCUCUGCCCAAUGAAGUUGGUCGUUUGGAGAUCUUGAAGAUCCACUCUAGUACUGUCCAACUCGAGGGUGAUAUAGACUUUGAGAGCGUCGUGAAGAUGAGCGACGGUCUUAACGGAGCAGAUCUGCGCAAUGUUGUCACGGAAGCUGGUUUGUUUGCCAUUAAGGACUACCGAGACGCUAUUAACCAAGAUGACUUCAACCGGGCGGUGCGCAAGGUGGCGGAAGCUAAGAAGCUGGAAGGCAAGCUGGAGUACCAGAAGCUUUAG